AUAUGUAAGGACCUAUAACAGCGUGACACAAGGCGAAGAAGAAGACGAGGCUCAGAAGGGCACGUCGUCUCUGAACGCGUGCCUCAGUUGCAUUCCGUCGAUCGAACGAUGAACACGUUAGGUGCCGCGUGCACUGUAUUGUAUUACGUGAUGGUCACAGCAAUAGGAGUGUGGGCUGCCCGAAAAUAUCACACGGAACCAUUCCACAUUGAGCGCAAGCGCAAGGAAAAAGCCGGCUUGGACUACGUCGUACGUCUGCUGCUGGUCAACCGCGAAAUGACACUCGCAUUGGGAACUGCUUCCUUGGUUGCCACUUGGAUGGGAGCCGGCUUGCUGUCACACCUAGCCACAGAAAUGUUCGCUCGAGGACUCCUGUCUUGCUAUGCUCCACUUUCCUACGCGAUGGCCUUUGCACUCGGCGGUUCCUUUUUCGCACACAAGCUCCAUGAGACAGGUAGCACGACCGUGCUUGACCCUCUUCAACGGCGUUUCGGACAACGGCUGGUCAUUGUCUACUUCAUCCCUUGCCUGUGCGGAGAAGUACUGUGGUCCGCUGUCAGCUUAUCUACGCUAGGAUCCACCAUGAAUCUUAUCAUUGAAGUGAACGAAAUAGUCUGCAUCAUAAUCUCUUCGAUAGUCACCCUAUUUUAUACGUCCCUCGGAGGAUUGUACUCUAUCAUUUACACGGACCUUUUUCAAGUAGUCAUCCUGUUAAGCGGCUUGCUGCUGUCUCUCCCGUUCUGCCUCCACAAUGCAGCUACCAGCGCAACGAACCACUACGGCAGCAGUUGGAUUGGUACCGUCACCUCUGAAGACUUCUACCAUAGAAUCGAUCGUUUCAUCACAGUUGGCCUGGGAGGUAUCUCCGUCCAGGUACUCCUAAACUGCCUCGUUGACGGCAAGGAUUAUGUCCAAAGGGUACUGGCUUGUCCAGAAGCACAGGUUGCAGAGGCUAUGUCGUACUCGGCGGCGUUUGGAUGUAUGAUACUGGCAGUGCCAGCCAUUAUCAUAGGGGGCUGUGCCAAAACUGCAAAUUUCACUACCACCCAGAGUAACGCAACGUUAACCAUGGAAGACAUCAUACGUGGAAACGUGCUAGCCAUGGCUAUUCGGACCCUGACACCCGGGCCCGUUGCCGUCAUUCUAGUCCUGGGCUUUGCGUCAUCUGUCAUGGCGACCGUAGACUCGACAAUAUUCAGCGCGGCAACCAUGCUGUCCCACAACAUCUACAAGGGGAUCUUGAGACCAAAGGCGUCUACCACGGAACUUGUCCUGGUGCUUCGACUGUCUGUGUUACUCCUCGGUGCCUUUGCAACCUAUAUCGCUGUGGCCACCACGGCAGUAAAUUCAAUGUGGAACUACGCUUCCGACCUCCUAUUUAUCCUGCUCUUCCCACAGAUGGUGUGCAUCUUGUUCCUCCCUGACGGCGUCAACGCUUACGGUUCCCUGACUGGCUUCUUCCUCGGUCUUCUGCUCCGAACGGCCGCCGGUGAACCUGGCAUGGGCCUGCCAACUCUCUUUCGCUAUCCUGGAUACGACAGUCAGCAUGGAAGGCAGCUUUUCCCCUACCGCACCUUCUCUAUGGUCGCCCACUUGCUUUGCAUGCUGGUUGCUUCAAGAGUUGUUAAGAAACUCUUCGUGGGAGGGAUCAUGCCAAUGAGAUACGACUUCCUCCAGUGCUUCCAUUCUCAGGAGCGACGUCCAUCGACCGCGUCUCUAAAACCGGUGUCUAAUGAAUCGGAGGAGAAAAGAAAAAACAAGAGAACCGUCGCUGCCGAGAGGACCGACAGGUCGGGCACAGAAGGCACGACCUUCGAAGCCGACCAAGAACAGUCCUUAAAAUCGGGCUUAUCCUUAAAGUCAGGCAUAUCCUUAAAGUCGGGCAAAUCUGGGCAGUCUGCUCCGCAGUCUGGUAUAUCUGGCAGGUCUGUCGUGGAUGUUCCCCUUGACACGGAGACCAUACAGCAGAAGGGUCAGGCGAUGGCAGAAGGGACCGAGAUUUGCGUGCGUCUCGACCGCACGGAAAAGGACACGAUGGCAAGCACGACUGUGAGAGCGAAGGACGGUGUUUUCAUGGAGGCCUCGAAGGUAUCUCAACCGUUACAGAUGUCGACCGUUGAAACGAACGUGCCGCCGAAGGGCCAGACAGCGGCGCCUGAUGCCAAAACUACCGCAAAAAAGAAGGCUGCCAAGAAGGACAGGAGCAAGGAAGAUAAGGAGAAGAAAGAUAAGAAGAAAGAAGAGAAGAAAGAAGAGAAGGAAGAGAAGAAAGAGAAUGAUAAGGAACGGAAGGAUAAGAGCAAGAAACCCAAGGAAGAUAAGCAGAUGGCAUAGCAUAGGUGAUGAGAUAUUUUGUUAGUGCUGUUCCGCAGCGAGCUCUCUUACAAUGGCAGCACUGCACAUAAAAAUAUAGGCAAGCGCAUAGGACUUGUAAUGGCCAUCAAUUAAAUCCUCACUUAAGGCUGUCGA